AGAUGGAUUUUAGUCAUAACGGCUUCUCUGGUGAGAUCGCGCCGGAGAUGAGCCAAUGCAAGCUGCUGACAUUAGUUGAUCUUAGUCGGAAUCAGCUCUCGGGCGAAAUUCCUACUGAAAUCACAGGUACUUGAAAAGAAGAGGAGCAAGCAUUGAAUUUUGGCACCAUUGUGACGUUAUUGCUAGGGACUUUCGUGAGCUUCCUUGAGUUUCUUUUACUAUAAUUGUUCAAUUCUCUACAUGCUUGCGAGAUAGCCCUUGUCGAGGCUAUCACAUUGUUUAAAUUCUUGUCCAAGCAUAAGCCCAACAGGAGGCUAUUACUCUCUUGAUAGAAAGCAUUGGUCCGUGUGGAGGCAAUUUAAUUUUGUGCAUUUAUAUACCAUGGAAGUAUGGGAACAUCGUAUGUAGAGGUGGUGAAUUGUUGUUGAUUGUUGUUGUGGUUUAUUGUGAAGUUAUUGUGGUUUAAUCUUGAAUCAUCCAUUCGGCGUUAGGAGGUAGUUCUAGGAGAAUUAUUCCCAUUCUUGACUAUCCCACACUUAAUGGAAAACCAAUUCUAAGAUCUAGGGAAUAUGGAUAAUCUAGGAGAGUAUCACCCUCUUAAUGGGCAUCCACCUCAAGGUGUGCAUCCACCCUCGGAAAUUCCCCAUCCUAUUGUGUUUCCACAACCCAAUCAAAUGCAACAACCUCCAAUAAUACCAAUCCAUCCUCAAGAUCAUGUAGUGUAUUCCCCAAAUCCUCAAUUAUCUCUUCGGGAUUACUACACUCUAAAUGAAUACAAUGCACAAACAUGCAUCCGGUUGCCAAACUUUCGGCAACCCAUUAUGAAAUCAAGCCUGCAACCAUCCAAAUGUGCCCUAUUUUCUAUGGGGUGAGCAAUGAAGAACCACAUAAACAUGUGGAUGAGUUUUUGGAAGUUUGUUCAACCGUGAAAAUCACGGAUCUUCCGGAAGAAGUCUUAAAAAUAAAGUUUUUCCCUUUCACUCUUCGGGAAAAGGCUAAAUAUUGGUUUAAUAACUUGAGGGCAAAUUCAAUCACAUCUUGGGCUCAACUACAAUAUGAAUUCCUAAACAAAUUUUACCCCGCAAGUAGAACCGAUGCUAUGAGAGCUUCUAUCCUUGAAUUCUCCCAAAGCAUGGGAGAACCUUUACAUGAAACAUGGGAGCGUUUGAAUGAUUUGCUACGGAAGUGUCCACAUCACGACAUUCCAAAGUGGCAAUUAGUGCGUUGUUUCUAUGAAAGCUUAUCCGAUACCCAAAAAGGUAUGGUUGAUGCUUCAUGUGGAGGAGCCUAUUUGGACAAAAAUGAAGACGAUGUGUGGCAUCUUUUUGAUCGCAUGAGCGAAAAUUCAAUGCGUCAUUCUCCAUCAUUCUGAUUUGGCCAAAAUUUGAAUGAAGGAGGGAAGAAAACCUCCAGUCUUUCUCAAGUGGAGAGUUCCAUGGAAAUUACCGCUGAAAUCAAUAAUCUUACUCAAAGGUUUAAUAAAUUUAUUUCGAGCCAAAACCCGGCAAUUCAAUCAUCUGACUCUUUCCAUUCUCAAAGUGUGAUGUGCAUGACUUGCUCUAGUUAUAUUCACAAUACUUUCAAUUGUCCUCUUGGACAAGUUUUUCUGAGUAAGUAUCAAGAAUAAGUCAAUGUUAUUUUCAUUCAUCCAGGAAGUAAUCCAAAUUCUAACACUUACAAUUCCGGAUGGAAUGAUCCUCACUUCUCUUGGAGAAAUCAAGGAAGAGGUAUCAUUCCUCCUCUUCAUAAAAAUUCUCAAGAAAAGUAUGUACCUCCCCACCUCCGAAUUGCAAAGUCUCAAGCAUACCACUCUCUAUCUUAUCCUUCUUCAAAUGUGAAUCAUUUCUCCAAUUCUCAAUCUUCAAAUCAUCAAUCUUACUCUCAUCCACCUCAAGAGCCUCCUAGAAAUUCCACUUUUAAGGACAAGGUUUUGGAAGCUUUAAGUGAUCUUCGAAAGGAAAAUCAAGUAUUUCAUUCGCAUUCUCAAUUAAUUGCAAAACUUGAAGCCCAAAUUGGGCAAAUGGUUCAAUCAAUGAAAAGGAAAGGGCCUAUGCAACCCAUGCUUAAUCAAAAGGCAUACUCCAUUUCCACCUUGAGGAGUAUGAGAAAAAUUGAUAACAAAGUUGAGAGACCUAGUGAAGUUAGUGUUCCGGUGCAACCAAGUGUUUGCCCAUUUACCAUUCCCAAUUCCAUCCCUACUUCACUAGAGUCAAAUGGUCACAUUAAGGAGCCAAUUCCAUCAUCAUCAUCUUCCUCCCAUGUAGAGAAGCCUUAUGAGCCAAAAGCUCCAUUUCCUCAAGCUUUAAACUCUACUCCAUUUCCGAGACAAAAAGGAAAAAUCAAUGACAUGAUGGAAGUUUUUAAACAAAUUAAAAUCAACUGUCCUCUUCUUGAUGCUAUUCAACAAAUUCCACCAUAUGCUAAGUUCUUGAAGGACUUGUGUACUCAAAAGAGGAAAAACAAGGGACCAAGCCCAAAGAAAGUGCUUCUCAUGGAGCAAGUGAACUCUAUCAUUAAGCUUAACACCCCACCUAAGUUCAAAGACCCCGGCGCGCUAACCAUCUCUUGUACCAUAGGGAACCAUGAGGUCAAAAGGGCUCUUCUUGACUUAGGGGCUAGUGUUAACGUUAUUCCUUACUCCGUGUAUCUUCAAUUAGGUUUGGGAAACCUUAAGCCAACUUCGGUAAUUAUUCAACUAGCCGAUAAGUCUACAAAACAACCAAGGGGAAUUGUUGAGGACAUCCUUAUCAAAGUUGACAAAUUCUAUUUCCCGGUUGAUUUUGUUGUGCUUGACACUGAGCCAGUUCCUAAUUCUACCAAUUAUAUUCCAAUAAUCUUAGGAAGACCAUUCCUUGCCACCGCUAAUGCGACAAUCAAUUGUAGGUUCGACAUUAUGGACAUCUCUUUUGGCAAUAUGAUGGUUAAGCUUAAUGUGUUCAACACGAGCCAACAUCCCAUCGAUGAAGGCGAGUGUUUUAUGGUGAAUGUCUUGGAUGAACUUGUUGAAGAAGCCAUUCCUUCUGAAGAUCCUUUUGAGGCAUGCCUAUCUCACUUUAAUAUAGACGCAUUUGACAUUGAAAGCUUCAUAUAUGAAGUGAAUUCUUUAAUGGACUUCAUGGCCAUCUUAGACUUCUCGCCAUGGAAAAACUCAAAAGAACCUCUUCCUCCAAUUGCAAGUACUCUUUCUUAUCAAGAAGAGAAAGAAGUGGCAAGUUCGCCAAUGGCCAAUCCAAUUUAUGAGGACAUUCCUUGUAAUACUGAGCAUGAAGUCAUUGAGGCAACCUUAGUUAAUGAGGAAAAAGUGAUCAAUGUGGAAAUUGAUAAAAAGGAUGAAGAGAUUGAGUUUCCUAAUAAUCUAACCGAGUAUUUGAAAAACAUUGCCUUGUCAAGUGCAAGGCCGCUCAUUAUAGACUUUAUUUUCAAGACUUUGGAUGAAAGGAAACAAAUUGCAUCUUCCAUCAUUUCUUUCCAAAUCAUUCUUUUGGGAGAUGUAUUCAUUGUUGUGAAAGAAGAUCCAUUGGGAAAAAUAAAUAAACGGAUCAAUGAGGAUGUCUUAUAUCCGGUUUUUUAUUCUUAGUGAGUUGCCCCAACGUUUUGCUAGAAACGUUAAACACUAGUUUUCGUAGGGCUUUCAAAAAAAAAAAAUUGCAUUUUAUUUUCUUCUUUUAUUUUCUUUUACUUUUGUACAUUUUUGCACUUUUAAAUUCAAAAAGAAAAAAAAUAAUAAUAAAUAACAAAAUAAAAAAAAUUGUUGUAAUGGGUAGUUUAGGUUGGUAUUUGAUUUUAUUUUACUUUCUAGUAUUAUUGUUUUUGUUUUUGUUUUUAUUUUUAUUUUUAUUUUAUUUUAUAUAUUUCAUUUUAAUAUAUAUAUUUUUCUUUUUAGUUUUGCUUAAAUAAAAAUAAAAAAAUAAAAAAAAUAAUACUAGUUAGUAUAAGUUGGUAAGUGAUUUUAUUUCAAUUUUAUUUAUUAUUAUUAUUAUUAUUAUUAUUUUAUUUUAUCUAUAUUUUAUUUUAUUUUAUCUACAUUGUAUGUGUAUAUAGUAUUUUUAGUUUUACUUAAAAAAAUAAAAAAUAAAAAAAUAAAAAAAAUAAAAAAAUAAAAAAAGAAGAAGAAGAAGAAGAAGAAGAAGAAGAAGAAGAUUGAUCCCCAAAAUGGCUGGGAGAUCAAUCCCAUUCUUGGCAGAGAGCAACCCAAAAAAAAUGCCCAAGUGGAUCGAUCGCCCAUUAAUGUGGAUUGAUCCCAUUUUACCUGUGUUUAGACUUUCUCAUUACACAGCGAAAAAGAAAUUUUUGCCUAAAAAUUGUCGAUCCCUUUUGUUUUUAGCCCUCACUUCUCUCAUCACCUAAAUCUCAUCACCCAGUUUAGGUUCAGUUGUAAAUCUUUACUUCUCUCAUCACCCAAACCUCCAAUCCCAAUUUCUUGGUUUGCUCCUCACUGUUCGCUCUUCUCUUCCGCGGUGAUAAAGGUGACAAAUUCCAGCGCCGUUUGCUUCGCCCUUAUUUUUUUGCAUCGCCGUUCCUUCCGGUGAGUUUCUGCAUCGCUGGCUUCUUCCGGCGAGUUUCUGAAUCACCGUGUUCUCUGGCGUUUGCGGUUGGUUCGUCCAACGGCGUCGCAGCUGGUUUUCCUUCCGGCGAGCUUCUGGGUCUUUCUUCUCCGGAUCGCGGCUGGUUCUCCGGCGUCGCAGCUGGUUCUUCUCCGGCAUUGCUGCUAGGUUGCGGGUUCUUCCGGCAAGCUUGUGAAUCGCCGGUUUCUUCAGCGAUUCCGGCUGGUUUUCCUGAUACAUUGAUGCUUUAAAAAAAAAAAAAAAAAAAAAAGGUGUUGAAUUGAUGAUUAAAAAUAAAUAAAUAAAUAACAACAAACUUGCAUUGAUGAUUAAAAACAAAAAAAAAAAAGUUGAAUUGAUGAUUUCAAAAAAAAAAUAAUAAUAAUAAUAAAAACAAAAAUAAAUAAAAAUUGAAUUGUUGAUUAAAAAAAAAAUAAAAAAAAUAGGGGAAGUUUGGUUGUUGACUUUUGUUGAUUUAUUUGCAGAUCUGACAGUGCCGUAAAAAUACAUAACAACAAAAUAAAUAAAUUAAAAAAAAACAAUUAAAAAAAAGAACCAAUUUAGUAGAUUUUGCAAUAGUUUUUAUUAUUAUUAUUAUUUAUUUCUUUAUUUCUUUUAAAAUAAAUAACAAAAUAAAAAUAAAUAAAUAAAUUUCAAAGUUGCAUUCUGUCUUGCUAGAGACGUUAAACUUAGCUCAAUUUUUUUUUAUUUUUUUUAUUUUGUAGAUUGUAUAUAUAUGUUCUUUUUCUUUGUUUAUUUUAAUUAAUUUUGUAAGUUGUAUAUAUAUGUUCUUUUUCUUUGUUUAUUUUAAUUAAUGUAAAAAAAAAAAAAGAAUCAAAAAUCAAAAAUUGGUGUUACCAUUAUACCCCUCUGCAUGCAUGUUCUCAUCUUUGUUUCAAGGACUUCAUCUUAUAUAUCUUUACAUCAUAUUUUAUAUUGUUUAGAGUGUAUGAUUCUUAUCCCAUUUGAUAUUUGAUGUGAGUUGUUAGUGUGGUUUUUUAGUAGGUUUUCGAAUCCAAGUUUGGGGGAGACCUCUUUUCUACUGGAUAUUUGCCAGACUUCUUCAUCUUUGCCAUCAUGGUAUACUCUUUCCAUCAUUUUUCAUCAUUCUCAUUGCACAUUGAGAAUAAUGUAUAGUUUAAGUUUGGGGGUAAGGACAUCAUACUUCAUUCUAUUUUCAGUCGAGCUUUGAAUGCAUGAUGCGAUUUAAGAUGUGUUUGGCAAUGAUUUUGAAUUUUUGAAGUAUAGAGCCUUUGAAAGGUAAGCUGUUAGAGUCUAAUACUUCUUGUACGUUCUAGGAUGUCAUUUAGGGGUAAAUUUUUAAUUUUUGAUAUCAUGUUUGCUCUUGUGGUACACAUCAUCUUGUUAGUUGAAAAUGCUUUAAGAGUUGAUUCUAGAAUUCUACACUUGCACUUGCGCACACUAACAUUCAAUUUGUGGGGUACAUGCUUAGAUGAUUAUUGUCUUGGUUUAUCCCAAUUGAGCUAGUAUGCUUUGAAAGCUUUCAUUCUUGAUAAAAUGACCUUACAAAGAAAAGAAAUAAAAGCACUCACCAAAGGUGAGGAACAAAAAUUAAAAAAAAAAAAAGAAAAAAAAAA